AUGCAGCAGGGUUCAUUCCAUCCGCCUAGCUCUGCUAAUCAAGAAGGGGCUUGUGGCCAACACCAGCCCGACGCGCCCGCGCAGAACCCCAAUCUCAGGCCGCAGACCGCUCAAUUUCUUCCCCAUGGGACAGUGGAUUCGUUGGUGCGGGGACCUCUCCGCCAUGAAGUGGCGUCAACUUGCGGCCCAGUGCAUGCAGCACGGCAAGAUAGCAGGCAGCAUCCGGCGCAUGGUGGUCACCAGGAUCUGAUCGGUGUCCGGGACGCUGAGAGGCAGCAUACUACGGCAGGCCCCUUCCGUAGUGGACAAAGUCAGCAAGGUCUGGACCAGCAAUACUUCUACGAUCAACACAAGCGAAUGCUGUCCACUCAGCAGCAGCAAUCCGCGUCGCAACCGCGUGGACAGCUCGUUGAGGAAAAUCCGGAGAGAUUCAAGAAGUAUCGAAUCGAGUCGGAGAUGCCAGCAAAGGCCCUCCAUCAGCUUCUUCAUGAGCUAGAGAAGAACCAAUUGAUCAAACAGCAAGAGGUGCUGCGAAGAGCGCACGCGCUGGCUGCGCAGCAGCAAGGACAGGGUUCGCCAGACGAGAGGAGGCAGCUCACUGCUGCCUCUCCGCAGCCAGGUUCCACGCCAGCGCCACCCACUAGUUCCUCACCAACUCCAGGACGGAUGCCCUCCAGUGUCAAUGCUGGGGGCCCUCACUGGCUUCCGUCACAGAGAAGUCGUGACACGCCGUCUCCGGGAGGCUUCAGUUCCGGUCUGACUGUCACAACUCCUUGGCCCUCCGAUUCACCUUCCUGUGGCGAGCCGGGGGAGGCGGAUCCUAGUACGGAACAGCAAAACAUCGCUGCGCGAGCAUCUGCGCACCUCCGGUCACUUCCGAAAGCGGAAGAGACUGGUGAAGUCGACGGAUGCAACCCCAGCGCAACGGCCGGUGGCGCGGUUCCUCAAAACGGCGCGACGAGCCUCACGCAUGCUCCUCAGCAGCAGGGCGCAGGGCCGGACAACGAUUCUGCUGGUAGCGUCUGGGGAGCCAGUUCGACGGGGUCCGGCGGCGGUGGAGCCGGUGUACCUUCAAGCGAUGUGUCCGCAUCCGCUUCGCACGGCAGAGGUGCAGGCCACCCGUCGUACGAGAAGCAGAUGGAGCUCCUCCUGAAAUUGCUGAAGACGCCAAGGGGGUCUCUGGCGAUUCAGCAGCUCGUCGAUGCAGGACGGGUUAAGCAAGACCUUCUCCAAGCAGCGAUAGAGAAGCACCGAAGGCAGCAGGAGCAGCAGCCACACGGAGACGGCAGCUUGCCUAGCGUUAGCUCUGGUCCUGGAGCGACUACCCACGCCGGGCGAAGCGCUGUGCAGCCUGUUGACGGCGUCGUGCGGUUCCACGUAGGUCGGAACAGCGAGCAGUCGCUGCCUCACUCUUCACAAGGUCCAACUGCUGUCGAGUGCGUCGGCGGGGGCGACGCGCCGUAUGCAGCAUUGGGGGUGGGGCCGACCACGUCCUCGGCGAGUGGACAGUCGUUGGCUUCUUCGCUGGAUCGCCGGGCUCCUGAUGUGCACCAGGCGAAGCGAAUGCGCGUGGGGACAGAGGCAAACUCUGGCACAGCCUCUCACGAAGACGCACCUGACUGCGAGGGGUUGCCAGCCUCAGGCUCCACUGGAGACGACCGCGUGUCAAAACAGUCUGCGCCGGCGGGACGCCCAGUGGCGCCUUCUGGUGGCGGUGCAGAGAAUGAACUGCGUACGGGGUCGGACGGCAGUGAGGCGCAGAGAAAACAGCUCGAAGCUGGGGAUGAAGAGCAAAGUGGCCUCCGAGGGCAGCGAAGUGAGAAUGACACUGGCUCGUCACGAGCCACGCCUUUAGAAUCGGGCACGUCGCCGGCUCAGAGAACGGAAGCUGGAGCAGGGCGUGCGGCUGCUUUUCCUCUAGCUAACGGUGCACUCGGUGCUGCCUCCUCCCUUGUUGACCCCCGAGCGACGCGGACCGCCAGCACUGCUGCAGGGACGCAGAGGGCGCCCAACGGCACCAGUGGCGGCAGAAGCGGAGGCAAAGGCGGCGCACCUGCAAGUUUCGCAGAGGCUUUGGCGGGGGGAGGGGGAAGCCAAGUUUAUAAAACGACUGCGCACGCGAGGGGAGGCGCACCGACUCACAGUGCGCUAGGAUUGUUAAGCGGUGCCGGUGAUGUGCCGGGACAAGCGAAAACACAACGCCCUGGCUUUAUGAGAAUGAUGCGGACGUUGCUGUUGCGUCCCCAGGAGACAAGACAGGCAGAACCAGACAUGUGGGGCGGAAGGGAGGCAGCAGUCGCGCUGGAGGUGACAACAGCUUGUCCACCUCCACACGGUGGGUCUUACUCUCCAGGUGUGAGCUCUAAUCAUCUGCUUGGUGGUGCGCGGUUUUCGUCCUGGUUGGUUGCGGCUCCCGAGUCGGGCUCCAAUGCAUGGCGCCUCGUUGGACAGAAGCGCCUGGCUGCGGGUGCGAUCGGUCCACUGCAUGAUGCGCCGGCGCAAGCCGUUUCGAUUGGAGGGUGUGACGAUAUAGGACAAGCUGCGGGAGUUGGACGGCGCGGACUGUCUCGAAUGGAAGACCAGCAAGCUCUCGCUCUAAGAUCAGGCCAGCUGUCCGCUCAACUGCGUGGACUUGACUCACAGGUCGCCCUCGUGGGGCGUGCCGCAGGCUGGUUCCCAGUUCCCACGGCACCCACGGGAUGCUACAAGCCCCUGACGCGGGUGAACGGGAGAUUGAACUUUAAGUAUUACGCGGACGUCGCCGGAGGGGGCAACGCAGGCGCUGGGACUCUGACACCGAGCGUGUCAGCCGCCGGCCGAGUUGAUUGUCUUGCAGCACGACGACGUCUAGGGCGAUUGGACGGUCACAUUCAGCGCCUGCUCGACAGCGCAGUGAGGCGCUUGAGCGGGGUGUACGGAAGGAGGUUUUUGCUGCGCGACGAGAAGGCCAUUGGAGACGCGAUCAAGCAAGCGCUCAAAGACCGGCUACGGGCUAUGGCGCCCAGCUUGUCUGCCCUCUCAGAGUACCGAGUCGACCGCCUCUUCCAGCGUCUCUCUGUCGAAAGCGGGCAAUCAGAGGAUGGCCCUCGCGGCCACACUGGGAAUGGAUUCGAUUUUUCUGGAAGCGGGAUGGGUGACGACGUAUUCGCGGCCCCGCUGCAGGGCUCGGACGCGACUUCAAAAUAUUCUGGGUCCUCGCUCUGGGUAGGGGAGGAACAUCCUGAGUCGGGAGGCCUCGAGAAGGCCGGUGCCGACACCUCUCCACACUUCCUCCACCGCUUCGUCGUCCGACAAGACGUCGAGGGGCUGCAGGCUUUCUUCCUGCAGAAGGAGAGUGACAGGCAACUGGUGGAGCGGCUGCGGAAGCUCCAGGAGAGCCAACGGAGAAACAGAGGCAGUCGGGCGAGGCAUCGAGCUGGAGCACCUGGCGCCGACACUGGAGGUGUUGGUGGAAUGGCGACUCGCGAUGACCUGCAUAAGGAUGGUCCCGGAGAUGGCGGUGACAAUUUCACUGCGUUAUUUGGAGGGCCAACGUCGGGAACUACCGCCGCCGCCGACGGGGCGCCAGGCCGAAGCGACUGGCCUUCUGUCUUCAGUCGAUCUUUCGGUCCUCUUGGCAGCCCACAGUGGAAAACACGGAAGGCAGAGCAGCAACGCACGAUAGCUCAGCUUCGACGGAAUGUCGCUGCGGCGGAAGCGAAGGCGGUUGAGUUUGCCAAAGUUGCGCAUUCUCAGCGCUGCCUGCUUCUAAAAGUCACUGCACUCGACUUCAGAGCUUUCCUUCAGACCAGAACGGCAGCGUCUCUGUUCCCCGUGCAGUUCAGGAUGCGACAAUUGCAGUUAAUUGAAGCGCUGCACUUCGAUCUACAAGCACCCCUGGCUCGUGUCGCUCGGAGCCUUCUGGUGGCGCCUCCGCCUUCGCGCGCGUCUCUCCAGAAUGCGCCAGGCCUGAGCGGUUCCUCGUCACCAGCGCCCGCUUUGUCGUCCGGGGCUACCUCUUCAUCUUCGACAGCGACGGCAGCUCGGGCAGCGGCUGCAGCGGGAGGCGCCCGGGGAUCCAGCGUAACCUUUGCCUCGCACCACGUUGGCUUCGCUGUGGGAGCUGGGUCAGCGCAAACUGCAGCUCCGCCCCCUGCGGCCGGUGUUAACGCUGUGACCAAUCCUUGUGGUGUCAGCUCUACUGGUAGCGUCCCUGCUGGCGAAGCAGUGCAGGCGGAGACACGAGAUGGUCAGCCGCAGACACUGCACACUGGCGAUGCAUCGCAGGUUACGAAGUAUGAAUGGCGUGCGGACGGAGGGAACUCGCAACGGCAGCAAUCUCAAGGCUUGGUGGAAGUUCCUCCUGUAGCGGGGGGCAGCAAGAAAACCACGACAAAAAGCCCGCGUGUCCGUGUACGAAAGAAAACAGCCGCAGUCAGUGGGGCAACAGGGCCAAUCCAGCAAGCUGCCGUUUCCGGCUCACACAAAGAUGGGCCGAGCGCUGGGCCGAAUCCGUGCCGGGCUGGCAAUCCCAAUGCCACGUCUUCCCGGACAGCUGUUUCAGAGACGGGGCAGUAUGCCACGGCGGGGAAUGACCUCAGUCACCAGAAUCAAGAAUCUUCUGGUGCUGACGGCGGUGGUGUCAUAGACUCUCUUGCAGAUUUGCUAGGAAGCGGUGCGCGAGCGGAGGAUUUUGCGCUCGCUUCUUCAAGCAUUCGAGGGGACGAAAGACCGAAGGCAGGCGCGGAGGGUAUUCAAGAGAGCGGAGCGGCGGGGCAUAAGAGAGGAGGAGUAGCUGGCGGCUCUAUCAGUGCUGGGACGGUGAAAAAGGGGAGUACUAGUCAGGGAGAUGUGUCAUAUGGAUUUGGCGCAGUGGGAAGCGGGAGUGGGUCUAAAGGGAACAUUGGUAAGGUAUCGACAGCGGGCCGCCACCCCAGUGCUGAUCGGUAUGAUAACGCCGGUCGCGCCGACCGCGACGGAACGGUGACGGAGCCAACAAAUAAUCGGGAAGCAGCGGCAGCGGCGCCAUUCUUUCUCAGGCCGUGGGGAGGCGGAUCCGCUCCGGAGGAGCAGACGGCUGACGAGUUUGGCGGAGCUGCAGGAGGUGUGGUGAUUCCUGAUUUGGAUGGUGAAGGUGAGGACGAGUUUAUCUGA